AUGAACGAUAAACCCUUCCCUUCAACUGAUCCAAACAAAUGGCAACAAUUCACCAACUUCUUCUUCUUCCCACACUCACUCCCUUUCCCAACAUUCAAUCUCGAACCUUCCAUUCCCCCAACUCAACCUUUCACCCACUUAAAGCCUCUACCGUCGAUUCCCCAUCCCCAAAACGACGCGGCAGAAAAAAGAAACCCCCCACCCCAGAAACCCAGACCCAAACGACAACAGAACAACCCCAAAACGCAGAGCCAAAAGAAGAAGAAGAAGAUUUUUCAGACUACGACGACGGCAUUGACUUCCCCUACGAGGAUCCACCUUUAAUAUGCUGCUUCGGUGCGGCGCGGAGGGAGUUUCUCCCUACGGUGCGGGUGCAGCUGUACCCGAUGCACCCUGACAUAUACUCCGAGUGGAAGAUGCUGCAGUGGAAGCCCCCGGAGUUCGCACGUGCGCCGGGUGGGCCUGCGUCGAACGUGGCGGUGGCGCACGUGCGUCUUGGGGGCCGCGCGGCGUUCUUGGGGAAAGUGGGGGAUGACGAGUUGGGGGACGAGAUGGUGCUGAUGAUGAACAAAGAGAGGGUGCAGACGAGAGGGGUGAAGUUCGAUUCGGGAUGCAGAACGGCGUGCUCUUAUAUGAAGGUGAUGUUUGAGGGUGGGAAGUUGAAGAUGGAAACUGUAAAGCACUCUGCUGAGGAUUCUCUUCUUGCAUCUGAACUCAACCUUGCUGUUUUGAAAGAGGCUAGGCUUUUCCAUUUCAAUUCAGAAGUUCUAACAUCCCCUUCAAUGGAAGCGACAUUAUUCAGAGCAAUUAAGUGGACUAGGAAGUUUGGUGGCCUUGUAUUUUUUGAUUUAAAUCUGCCAUUACCUCUGUGGAGAUCACGUGACGAAACAAGAGAAAUAAUCAAAAGAGCAUGGAAUGAAGCAGACAUCAUUGAAGUUUCAAGAAGUGAGCUAGAAUUCCUUUUAGAUGAAGAAUAUUAUGAGAGGAAGAGAAAUUAUCGGCCGCAAUACUUCGCUGAAAAUUAUGAACAAACCAAGAAUCUACAAGAGUAUUACCAUUACACUGCUGAGGAAGUCUCCCCUUUGUGGCAUGAUCGACUCAAAUUCCUAUUUGUGACGGAUGGAACACUUAGAGUUCACUACUAUACCCCUUCUUUUGAUGGGGCUGUGGUUGGAACUGAAGAUGUGCUCAUAACCCCAUAUACUUGUGAUAGAACUGGCUCAGGUGAUGCUGUUGUGGCUGCUAUUAUAAGAAAGCUAACCACUUGCCCUGAAAUGUUUGAAAAUCAAGAUAUUUUGGAGAGACAGCUACGUUUUGCUAUUGCAGCAGGAAUUAUAGCUCAAUGGACUAUUGGUGCAGUCCGUGGUUUCCCUACCGAAAGUGCUACUCAGAAUCUCAAAGAACAAGUUUAUGUGCCCUCAAUGUGGUGAUAAAAAUUGUAUGUGUGACUUCAAUGGAGCUUAGCAGACUCAUGAGGCAAUAGUUGGUAGUCAUUGUUUGAUUUAUUUUUUUGGAUAUUCUCCAAGAGUGUUUCAUAUCAAAUGGGAGCAGGUAAAACACAAUCAAGAUUACACAAAUUGUUUGCUUUUUUGCUCUGUGUUCAAUACUUGUCAUCCAAUACCACUUUGAAUGAGCAGGUGGUGGCAAUUGAAAUUUUUGUAGGUGAGAAUUGGAAUGUACACUAUUCUUGGAAAUGGUAGGUGUCAAUUGAAAAUUUUGUUGGAUUAAAUUGAUAUGUACACCAUUCUUAUAAUUAAUUUCCACUUGUGUUUCUUGUACACUUU